CUCUCUUCUUGUGCUCACUUGGGUGCAUUGAAUACCGGAGUUACAGUGCAUAGAAUAGCUCGUGAAAAGGGGCUUGUGGGAAAUGUUUAUGUUGGGAAUGCACUUAUAGAUAUGUAUGCCAAAUGUGGCAACUUGGAUAGUGCUCUUAGUGUCUUUGAGAGGAUGCAGAAUCGUGAUGUUUUUACAUGGAACUCCAUGAUUGUUGGGUAUGGAGUACAUGGUCGUGGGGACGAAUCAAUCUCUUUUUUUGGGCAGAUGCUGAUGGCAGGAGUGCAGCCAAAUUCCAUCACAUUUCUUGGUUUGUUAUGUGGAUGCAGUCACCAAGGCUUGGUAGAGAAGGGUGUUGAGUACUUCAAUGUGAUGAGCUCCAAGUUCAAUAUUAAACCUGGAAUUAAGCAUUAUGGGUGCCUGGUGGAUCUUUUUGGCAGAGCUGGGAUGCUCGAAAAGGCGCUUCAAGUUAUUAGGACUUCGCGUGCUCAGGACGAUCCAGUCCUAUGGCGGACUCUGCUUGGCUCUUGCAAGAUUCAUAAAAAUGUAGAAAUAGGAGAAAUUGCUAUGAGGAAUCUAAUCCAGCUAGGGUCAUCAAAUGCAGGGGACUACGUACUUCUUGCUACGAUUUAUUUUAGAGAAAAAGAUGCAGAUGGUGUUGCAAGGAUGAGAAAAUUGAUUAAAACCCAGGGAGUGAAAACCACUCCUGGUUGGAGCUGGAUUGAAGUUGGUGAUCAGCUUCACAAGUUUGUUGUGGAUGACAAGUCACAUCCAGAUGCUAAUGAAAUUUAUCAAAAGGUGAGGGUUGUUGUUCAUCAAGCUGCUCUGCAUGGUUAUGUGCAAGAGGGAUCUCUUAUCACAGUGUCUGAAUUUACCUCCACAGACACAGAUUGCUUUGAAACUUCCAGUUCAUGUCACAGUGAGAAGCUGGCAAUUGCUUUUGGCUUGGCAAGAACUCCAGAAGGAACAUGUUUACGAAUAGUAAAGAACCUCAGAGUUU